CUUUUGGCGAAGCUUUCUCCUCAUUUCUCCACCUUUGGAUCCCUGAAAAUCCUUCAAAAUUUUCUGCAUAUACAUUAGCUCGCAGCACCAUAUAUCCAUCUCCUCUUCUUCCGUUUCUCUGCUUUUGCACGCCAUAACUUUUCUGCUCCUCAUUCCUGACAAACCCAGACAGUUUUUGUUUCCUCUGCAUCUUCUGCAGAGAACAAGAACAUUCUAUCUUUCUCUGAGCCUUGAAUUUCCUCAGAAGCACUAAUCUUCAAAUUAAUUUUGAAUAAAGCAGCUACCUUUUGUUUAUUAUAUGCACAAAAUCUUCUUCUUCCUCCUCUUUUGACUUCCUAGUCGAAUCAAUCUUUGUCAAUAUUACUUUCAAGCCCACCAUAAUUGAAUCCUUUCCAUACCCUUCUUUUCUUCCAAGGUCUUUUUGAGAAACAAUCUUAACUUUUGUUUAAUUCCUCAGUUAGAGGCAGAAAUCCUGCUGAUGAUCAUCAUGUGUUCUGAAAGUAGUCCUAGGAUAUCAUUUUCCCAUGAUAUUAACCAAGCAGAUAUUGUACCUAUAGAACACACUGAAUCUCGCAGGGAUACAAUGCUUUUGGACUCAAAUUCAGAUUUUGAGUUCAGCGUCUGCUGCAGUUUUGACCAAGAAUCCUCCUCAGCUGAUGAGCUUUUUGCGAAUGGCAUGAUCCUUCCAGCAGUGGGGACUAAUCCUGAGAAACAGGUCCAAAAAUGCAAAACCCCACCUCUAGUUUCCCUUUCUCCUCAAUUUCCUAAUCGUCUUGCAGCUGAGAAUUCAAGGAAAGAAAGCAUGAGGGAGAUUGGAGGUAUCAAUUCUGAAGAAGAAAACCCACAGCCAAAGUCUUUCUGGGGUUUCAAGAGAAGUAGCAGUCUCAACUGUGACAUAAAGAAGAGCCUAAUCUGCUCCUUACCACUUCUGUCCCGGAGCAAUUCAGCCGGUUCUGUGCCUAGUCCAAAACGGGGUUCGAUGAAGGACGCUCAGAGGCAGAAUUUGCAAAAGCAAUCAUCAUCCAGCAAUACUUAUCUAAAGCCGCCAUUGAGGAAGAAUCAUGGAAGUUCUUAUGGUAAUGGUGUCAGAAUUAGUCCUGUGUUGAAUGUCCCGCCCCCUUACAUUUAUAAAGGAACUGCAAAUCUCUUUGGUUUUGGUUCCUUAUUACGCAAUGGCAAAGAUAAGAAGUACAAGAAAUGAGUGUUCCAAUAACAAGUUUCAAUGAGAUCAUCUGAGUGUUCGGAUUAAAGUUCUUGUUGAUUCAUGAUUGGUUCUUGUUUUCUGCUUAUUCCAUGUAUUAUUGAGUUUUAUAAACAUUAUAUUAGAGA